AUGCCCCGCAAACUCAGGACACAGGUCGAGGAAGUCUUUCGGCUCGACUCACUGCUUCCUGAAGAAUGGUUGCACCGGCCUUUCUACAACGUCCAGCCGUCCUCUUUUCGGCCGUUCAUCCGUAGCGCUCAUAAGCGUACACCUGAGUUGUUCUCCUCAGAUGUAUCCGCAACUGAUGAAGAUGGGAAGAGGUUAUUGAAUCAAGUCCUAACUGUCAUCACUGCCUCGUUAAAGCUGCAGAAACUCGAAAGUUCUGACCGGCCGCGGAAGGAACAUGACUACAUACACAACGUGUACUUUUUUCGGAGUCUCGCAAUGACCAUGAGUGAUCACUUAUCGCAGUGUAGCAUUUCGCUUCCUCAACCUCUGAAACCUAUCACCGAUGACUCAUUGCAUUAUCUCAAUGCCAAAACUGCACUCCCUGACACAUCCGUGUUCAUCCCGGCUCACCGACUCAACGAGCUCCACCAAGAGUCCACUUCGCCGUACCGUGUCCUCCAAGGACACCCAUCGAUCAUGGGUCCCGGGAACGGCGGGGAGACCGACUUCCGCUUCCAAGCGACGCCAUGUACCGAGCUCAGCUCUCCGCUGAAGUUCCAGUUCGCUAGCAGCUUCUGGGAAGAUAAGCGGGACACUCAGAGUCCGGGGCAUGCUUAUCGCCAAAACAUAAUGUCGACCACCGCAGCACUACGCCAACUUCACGCGUUCGAUAUUGACUUGCCCGUCUUCGGCCUCAUCUGGCAGCAGGGCGAAGUAACGGCUCACGUCGACUGGUGGGAGCACGGGGAGGAUGAACAACAUCCUGUCAUACGCUCUGCAGCGUACCCCGGUCCUGAUGGCCAUCCUGUCGGAUCGGGAGGGCGUUUUCAUCGCUGGGUGCUGAAAGAGCCUAGUGACAUGCUGCAGGUCUUUCUUUUAGUCAGGAAUAUUGACCUGUGGACGGUAGGAACAUUUCGGGAGCUUAUCAUAGAGGGCAUAGAGAACCUGGUAGAGAGCGCUAUGCACGACGGCAAAAAGAUUAGACCGUGGAGAAGAAGCUCAGUCAAAGUGGCGAGAUCGAGCGAAGGAGACCAGAAAAGACAGAGAUCGGACGCGGUCGCAUCCAACAGCUCUCCGACGCCCAAGCGCAGACGAAAGUUGUGUUGA